AUUAAACUUUAACAUCCACAAUAUACUUUCUAUAAAAAUGUUACUCUUUACCUACAAAAAGUUUCAUUAUCAAUUUAAGUUGGACUAAAACUUGCCAACUAAAAAGCAUGCAUGACAAAGUGCAUGUUAGGUUCUACUUAGUACUACCAAAAAAACAUCCAUAAAGAGUAUUACAUUCCAAACAAAGAGUUAACUCUUGCACAUGUCAUCCUCAAAUUGAUAAUAAGAGCUCCAAAUCCUGAUUUUAUAUCUCUUUAAGACCUUGAAAAUCAGCCCCAUCUUGCCGUACAAACAUCUACAAAAUGAGGUAAAAUGUGAUGAGAUAUCUACCAAAAUAUUUCAAAAGACAAUUGACAAAUCAAGCAUUUUAAUAUACGGAGUAUUAGUUAGAUGAAUUUUUGAACAGAAUAUUGCCCCUUGUCUUCAAGUCAUUCUCAUGAAAAUAGUUUCCCAAAAUUUGUGAUGCCUUAGAUAUUGCCCGUGAAUCAUCUCCUUCACAUUUCUCAAUGCACAGAUUUUAAAAAUAGGAUAAUGAUGGGCCAUGAAUGCCAAUGAAUGACCAUUUUAUGUAAGGAGAUACACGUGUCCACAGUGAAAACAUAGAAUAAAACCUUAUUCUAAGAAUGACAGAGUAUAUGUACCCACUAAAAUCAGCAAUCUCUCUAGAAAUCUUCCUCUUCUUAGUGGUACCCUUGUAGAGAUCUUCAAGACUGUAGGGAUAAGUCUAUUCAAUGGGAGAACCUUUCCCAUGCAAUGUUCGAAAAGGCAUAUUGCGGUUUUGAGGCGUUUUCAUUUCAUGGCGUAAGGCGUAAGCCUUGAGGCGUUUUGAGGCGUAAGCCUCAAUUUUUAAAUUGAAAAACAUUCACAAAAUAAUUUAAAACCAAAGAUAGAACAUACUCCCUCCGUCCAUAAUUAAAGUUCCCAGUUUGACCGGGCACGCACUUUAAGAAAAUGUAAAAAUUUCCUUGACUUUCCCAAAAUACCCUCCACCUUACCCCACUUCCCACCCAUUCGUAUCCUGCAUCCCUGUCCAAAAUUCCAGUGUACCGCCCGCAACACCAGCUCCGCCGCCACAAGCGCGGCUGCUGCUGCCGCUGCUGUCUCUGGACCACUUUCCUCAUCGCCAUGCUCCUUCUUCUCGCCGCCAUCGCCGCCGCUGCGUUUCGGGUCCUGUACCGCCCCCAACGCCCCACGUUUGCCGUGAACACGCUCCGCCUCUCGCAGUUCAACCUCACCUCCACCGCGCUCUCCUCGAAGCUCGAGAUCUCGAUUUCGGCCCGCAAUCCCAACAAAAAGGUCGUCUACGUCUACGAUCCGGUCGCAAUUUCCGCAUUCUCCGACGUAGUAGAUCUCGGAUCUGGAUCUAUUCGGGGAUUCGAACACGGCACCAAAAAUACUACAGUUCUGAAAUCCACCAUCGCCAGAUCCAGGCAGACGCUCAACGCCGGAGAUAUAAAAAAGUUGAAGUCGAAGAAGAGCCUUCCGGUGAUGAUAAGGUUGGAAAUGAGAAGGAAAAAAGGAAGGAAAGAGAAAAAAAAAAUAGGAAGGGCAUUUAAGUCAUUUUAACAAAGAAAACUUACUAAAAAAGGAAAUGGGAACAUUAUUUAUGGACGGACCGAAAAGGAAAGUGGGAACUUUAAUUAUGGACGGAGGGAGUAAUGUAUAACAUAAAUAAUCCAAAAACAUGAAAAGAGUAUAUUGUCAAAGCAAUACAUCGCAAACAUAAAAUUGCAGUUUACAUAUUUGUAGUUUUUUUUUUGUCCUUCAAUAUUGGGUGUUGAGUCAACACUAUACUUCCAUGCUGGGUCCAACAUUUAAGCAAUAUUCUAAUUUCUGAAACAACAAAAUAAACAAUACAAUACUAUGCAAUAAUUCAUCUUAAAAACAAAAAAAAAUAAUAAUUAGCACAUCAAUAAUCAAAAAAAGAAGAAAAAAAAGAGGAUAUUAACAAGUAAAAAAAUCAUCUCAUCCAACUACUUGAAAAAAUACCAAUCAUAAAUUCAUAAAAAACAUCAAUUGAAUGCUAGUGUACUUCACAAAAAGAUUACCAAAAUAAAUAAGAAAAAGAAAAAAUAGUACCACUUGACAAUUGUAAAAAGAGAAAAAGGCAAAGUUGGAUGUGCUGGAAAGAAAGAAAGAGCAGACAUAAAAAGCAGAGAUAAAACGCAGAACAUUUACCCAAAGCAGACAUAAAACGCAGCUGGAAAGAAAGAGCAGAGACGCAGACCAAAGAAACAUACCUUUUCGCCGGAGAAGAAGACUGAAGACGGCCGACGCUGGACGGCUGGAGACGGUUCGUAGCUCGCCAAAAGGUAAUCGACAAAGAUUAGGGUAAUCGACACUAAUUUUGGGUAAUUUUAGGAUAUAUACACUUAAUUGGGUUAAUUAAUUGGAGUAAUUGACAACUUUAACCUUCAAUACCCAAAAUUUUAAUCGUUUAAUUUCCAAUUUCUAAUCCUGGAAUUGCGUAAGCCUUAUUGCGCGCACUGGCGCGUACGCCCCAUGGCGUACGCCUUUCACAGAAUAGCGUAAAAAAACCUAUAGCGUGAAAACGGGAUUAGCUCCAGUGCGUAAUUUCCGGAAAAAGUUACGAGUCGCGCCUUGAGGCGGGUUUCCGUUCCGCCUUUUCGAACAUUGUUCCCAUGUACUAUUUAGGGGACUAAUUUGCACCAUUCUCAUACACUUCAGACCUGCAUCAUAGAUAUAUACUUAAUACAUAGUAUUCGUUUAAAGAACAAGUUAGAACUAAUAUUUCUUUUAAUGCGAAGUAAUAGUUUAAUUGAGCUUGAAACGAGGUAAAGUCUAUUUAAUUGAACUAUUUCAUGGAAGAAAGGUGGAAAGAUAGACAAUGAAGGAUGUCCAUUUUUCCCAAACAGUGAUGGAAAUAGCAUCUACUUCUUGCCAAGGAAUUUCUCCCUUCUAGCCUCCCAUCACCCACAUUUGUGCAAUGUAACUCCUCUAUGCCUUGAACUCCCUCUAAAAACCCCAAUGCUCUCACGACGGGGUAUUUGCACCCUCUUUCUUUGUGAAAUUAUUCAUUUGGUUAGAAUUCACACAAAAAAAUAAAAUGAUAAUGAUGUGAUGGAAUAUCAGAUUCAUUCCAAUAACACUAUUCAACCUGCUAGAGAUCUUCUUCAUAAUCACUUACAUUGGAAUUGAUAUCAACGUCUAGCCCAUAAAAUUUAGUUGCAGCACGGUCAUAUGUCCUAACAUUAAUAGAGACUCUUCAAGUGAACUCCAACUACCAUUAUUAAAUUCUCAAUAGUUUUGAACCAAAAAAUAAAUAUGAAGUAAGAGCCUAUUAAGAGAUUAAUUACCUAGCAGCAUGUGCAGUAUCAAAUCCUCUUAUGAAUUCAAAUUUAAAUUCCAAAAUAAGAAUGAAUUAGUAAAAAUGCAGAAGUAGCGUAUUCAACAACUCCACACAACAUACAACGAAACCAUUCACUUACCUAAGUAAACUUGUAUCCCAUAGUCCCUGCAAACAAAAAUAAUAGGAACCAAAAUUA